UAACAGAAGAUGGUAGAGGCAUUAUCGAAACGACCGAUAACUAGUGAUCACUAGUUCUUUGAAGCAAGUGGAAUUAGAUGCUGAAUAUAGAGAGCAGGUUAAAAUGGCCACAGGUGGAAAAAUUUUGACAGAGCUCCAAGAUGAAUUUUGUGAAUGUCCAAUAUGUACAGAGGAGUACGAUGAGGAUAAACAUGUUCCAAGAGUUUUGCCUUGCCAACAUUCAUUCUGCACGGAAUGCUUAACGAAAGGUGUAAAACGAAACAAACUCGUAUGCUCAAUGUGUAAAAAGAGCUACAAUCUUAAAGAGAAAGGAAUAGAAAUUUUUCCAAAAGAUCUCACACGGCGAAAUUUAAAAGACAUUUUGGGAAGACUGACUGUAAAUUCGUGUACUGUAUGCCGAAGAUUGGAAAGUGUGCGAUUUACGUGCACCGUAUGUAAAAGCAAUCUAUGUAAAGCUUGUUACAAAGUACGAAAAUCUUCAGAAUGCAAAACACAUCUAUUCAAAGAAGCUCAAUGUGAUGAUAACGAGACUCCAGAUUCCUCUCUGGAUUCUCUAGAAACCAACGACAAAAAUAUCUGCACGAUUCAAGGCCAUGAACAUAACAAGUUAAAGUUUUAUUGCAAGAAUAAACAAUGCCGGAAAUCAAUUUGUUCCAACUGUACAACUAAAGAGCACAAAAAUCAUGACUGGGAAGAAUUAGAUGAAGUGUACAGUAGACAGAAAAAAAUACUACUGAGCCGUUUGUCAACCACAAGAAAAAAACUUGAAGCAGCGAUCAAAGUGAAAUCUUUGUACGACGAUGAUUUAGACCAAGUUGUUAAAAAUCUAAAUUUAGAAACAGAGAAGAUCAACCAGCAAAAACAGGAAGGAAUUGACUUUCUCAACCAGGAAAGCGAGAGAAUAUGUGAUAUGCACAAAGACAAUGUAGAAAAAGCAGUAGUAAAUUUGAAUAAAAAACUUCAUUUUCUACAAUCUUACAUCGAAAACGCCAAGGAGUGUUGCUCUAUAUCUGAACAACUUCUCAAGGAAAACGAAGCAUCAUUUCUGGCCGUUGAAAAAACAAUUUCGAAUAAAUUGGAAAUAUUUGGAUCAGAAAUAUUUGAAUACAAGAAAUGCGAUGUUCAUAUAGAUGUAGCUUUGAUGGAGGAAAAAUACGAGAAUCUGAAACGUAAAGUCGAAAUACUAAAGAAACCUACUUGCAAUAACGUUUUAAGGGUUGCCUUUGUAAGAGACUAUGAAAGAGAAGAAGUAUCAAAAACAUUCUUUUUUCUAAAGAUAAUCGCAUGGGCGGCGGUGCUUCUGUUUGUAUUUAGGGAAUUCAAGACGUGGUGGAAUCUACCUUUUUGUGACAUGGAGAUAUGUGAUGAUACAACCUUAUCUUUCACAAGUUCAACAAACCAUUCAUCAUUUUGCCGCUUAGAGGAAGGAGAUCAUGCGGGAAGUUUCCCCUUAAAGACAGUCGGCAAUCAAACCUGUGGAGAUAAAGAGAGCCUUUUCGUAUAUCAAGGAGUUUUUCUGAACCAGACAGUUAGCUUUUUUGGACGAUACGGCAUAUUGAGAUUUCAGAUUCGAUUAUCUGACAUUUCCGUAUUAUCAACAGGAAAAACUGUCUUCAAAAUAGGAUUUUCCCCAAAUUCAAUUGAUAAAGGGACAAAUGAAGAUGGGUUUGAGUGGGAAAUAAGACGGUCAGACGACGGUGAAUGGAUAGAAUUGAAAAAUCCGAAUAAUUCUAUAAGUGCAAGAGUAAGUGUUGCAACAAAUGCCCAGCUUGUUCUCAAUUAUGGAAUACAUUUAGACAAUGGUACAAAAACCAUUCAAAUUGUGAAUAGAGAGAACAAAAAAGUUUUGGAUGCAUUCUACAUAACCGAAAAAUAUUCUAGCUGUAACAAUAUAUUUUUUCAACUCUACGAAAAAUCUUUGGCAAAAAUAUCCGUGAAAUCUCUUUCCGAGGGUGUGAGCUUUAAUCCCGAUUCAAAGUAUAGUAGUAUCUAUAUUUCGAAGGAUAACAAAACGGCGCGAAAUUAUGUACCCGUAGGAGAAAAUAGUAUAACAAAACCUCUGAUACAGGAUAUCGAGGUUCAUAAUUGUACAAGGUUAUGUGUUAUUCCGCUUACCAUAUGGUAUCCAGUUCUUGUAUCAGAUAUUGAUGAUGUGUUCCAGCUAUACAUUUCAAGUUUUGAUCAUUCAAAUGAAGAAUUACUGCUGUCAACCAUGGAAUGUAGCAUAUAUAUUAGUUCUGUAGUAGAGUAUGUCUUUAACUCCCAUCCCAAGUGUUUAAGCCCAAGUCCGCAUUUACAUGAAGAUUAUUCUAUUCUUCCAAAUCAUUUAUUCCGAAAAAUUCAACAGUUUGCUCUGAUUAUCGACAGAGAAAAGCAAACGACUACCCUUAGAAUAAAUUUUCAUAAAUACACAUUUCCCACGCCAGUACUUCUUGAUCGAAGAAACUUUAUCUUACGUUUUGAGGUUUAUAAUGCAAUGAAACUUUAUCUCAGGCUUGACCGUAUUAAAGACUUUCCUUACAUUUAUUUUGUACUUAACCCGUUCUUAAAUCAGAGCCUGUUAGAAAUAUCUAAUUUCUUUUUUUGUUUCUUCUUUGUUUUGUUUAUUAUUUCUGUCAUUAUCUUAUAAGUGAAAUUGAUCGUUGACUUCCACCUUAAUUGUGUUUUAAUGUGAAAUGAAAAAUGAAUCCUUCAAAUAUUAACACAUAUAGAUAUUUACCUAUGAUACAGGCUUUUGCCAUCUUUGGGAUGAAAUUUUUUAAUUCAAUAAACGGGGUUAGAAAAGUAUAUUCAAUU